ACCCAUGGGAAGGACUGAACACCUCAGGCUUGUGCGGACUUUACGCUCUCCUUUCACGAAUGUGAACAGUCAAGGUACGAGAACAGCAAGAACUAGAAGGUAACAGAGGAGUGUUUGACACAGCUACGAGAAAGGAUAACCUUUCUCCUUUUACCCUGCUGUCCGACAACUCUCCACGGGAGUGAAGAAGCGCUUCCAGAGCACCAGGGUCAAAAGGGCAUCUGACAUCAGUAGGAAGAUGAAGCGUGCGGGUAGGCGGAAGUGUGCCAUGCCACUACUGAGUGAGCCUGCUGAGAAGUCCCCGCUGGUCUUCUUCGCCAACCUCAAGGAGAACAUGUUGCUGCAGCGACAGCUGCAGGUGCUGCGACGCGCCGAGGCCGCCGUAGUUCAUCGCAUCGCCAUCGACCAGAAAGUUCUCUUCAGAGGCUUCCAGGCCAAACUUCACAGAUCAAAGUUGGCGCACGCACGUCUACGGGAGGACAAAGAGGCCGAGCGUCUCUUGCGCUCACGUGAUCUGCACGUGCUCAACACCAACUGCGGCCAGGAGAAGGAAGACUUCGACUUCCUGAAAAAGCUGGAUCGGCAACGCUUUGCAGACGACAGCUCGAAGAAUGGCCGCCGCAGAAGGAGGGAAGAGGAGGUAACUGACAAGCACAUGGAGGAGUUGAUGGACGCAGUGAUGAAGGAACAGAAUCUGCUCCCCACCGACACAACCAUGAGGACCCUCACCACGUUGGGCGACCUGCUGCAAGAGCUGCAUAUGCUGCCGGACACACAGCACAACGUGCUGACCGUCCAGAGCGCCAGAUCGCCUACGAGCUGUACAACUCUCAGACCAGCGACCACACCUUUCGAGGGUUUGCAAGCGGCAGACUUCGAGCCUUCGCACCUGGAUCACAAGCACAGCAGCCGCCCACCCAUCGUUGGUUGCAUACAGGUCGAUGCCGACAGCCGCACGAAAGAAAGUCUUCAAACGGGAACAUCUCUGUCACGUGGCCGACCCCCGACGUCACUAGCCCACUUCAGAGGCACCCUCGCCUCUGCACGGUCUCCGACAGUAGGGUCAUCAAGCUCCACCAAGCGACCCAAAAGGACAAUGAGACAACUGACCGGCUCUCCGCUGGAGGCGGGGCUGGCGCUGAGCAUUGUGGGAACCCGCCGCCCUUCUCGUCAGGCCGCCAGCGUGUUUGAGGAGGAGGAGAAGGUCGAUGCGAUCGCCUUGAGACUCCAGGGGGUGCGAACCGAGGACCCUUCGCCCAAGGUGCUGGCCUUCAUUAGGUCCAUGGACGAGCUGGACAUGCGCAGACGGGGUCAGUUUUCUUCCGCCCGUCAACAGGGAGGAGGGGAAGGCGCCAUUGGGGUGAAAAAAGAAGAGAACUGGAGAGGUGAAUACAAGUUUGACUACUACGCCACCAAGAUGGCGCUGUAUGCGGCCCACGUGCGCAGGGAGCCGCUGCCUGGUGUUCCGGGUACACCUGAUGACAUCAACUUACGUCUGGUUGGUCAGCGGGGUGUCAGAAGCCUCACUAUGCCGUGCCUUCGCCUUGACUUCGGGAACGAUGACGGCGAUGGGUACAUCACUGAUGACGAAAUCCAACAUGGCGAGCCCCGUAUCGCAAUGGUCAAUAUGGAGUGACAGCCAGUUUCUUUGCUGGGACGUGAGGCCGAGAUUGAAUAUUAUUAUCUGUCGUCCUUAUAAUGAUAUCUCAUCAUGCUGAAGAAACCUUGUCACGAUUUGUUAGUCGCGGAAAUGUUUCACUUUUUCCGCCUGUGGCCAGGUGCAAAAUGUUCAUUUCUCCACAGGUAUGCGUUCACUUACUACCAAGCAUCUGACGAUCAUCCUCUAGCAUACACUGUUGGCGGUUUGUCAAUCCAUCAGUUGCUGAGAUUACUAACCCCAAUAAAGACAGGAUCAGACUUUAAGCAGCAAGAAGUCUAACAGGUGAUACAGGCAGACACCCGGCCCUUAGUUAUCACCGUUUUGUGCAUGUACAAAGGUAUCAUCGUGUACCCGGGCUUCGUGCUGUACAGUCAUGAUCGGCGUCUCUCGCAUCAGGCCACCCGGAGUUUACAUGGUACAGUCAAAAUCAGCAAAGUUUACGGGGUACGUGUGGCCCAACAGUGACAAUGCGCUUACCGUCCCACUGAAGGCGGCUUUGUGUCUGUCCACGCAUGUCAACCGUCCACGUCCUACUACUGAAUAUGCAGAUGACAGUUUUUAGUUCGCUUUGUGUAAGCCUUCAAGGCUUUGAGAAAAAAUAGCGCGCAACCUCGUCACGACCGAACUGAAUGACCUCUAGGGAAGUACAGUUUCGUGAGUAGAUCGUCAGUCAAAAUUUCAAAUAUUCAAUAAAUGAAUACUUCAAAGCAGUGUACUUUUUGCCUGUCUUUUUUUUACAAUUUGUGUCAGUUAUUCCCAACUGCCUGACAAACGUCUAAUGCUCGCUUUGGUGCAUAUUAUGGGGCGCCUAGAGGGAAAUUUUCUCUCUAGCUAUAAAAUGCAUUCUGCAAGUACAGAAUUCAUUUUACAGCUAGAGAGAGAAAAACUCUGUAAAAACCAAAGUAUUUCAUUUAUAUUAUAAUCAGAAGUUGCUAUCCAAUUCAUUUUAUAUACAUAAUUUUAUUUUUCAAGCUAACGGCCACAAACUAGUUUCAGAGAGAUGCACAAUGUUAGCCUAUCAGACUGUGUACUGUGCACAAAGCUUGCCAUCAAAACUUUCUGAAGCAAUUGUAGAAAAGGGAUCAGUCUGAAGUUGACACUGCUGAUCCACAGAUGUAAAAUGUCAGUUAUGGCAAGAUGGCACUGACAUGGCAGUAGAAAUAAAAUGGUGUAGAAGUGAAGUGGCACAGACACAAAAUUAAACCCAGGAAUAUACGAAAUUAGAGCAGCCCGGUGGCGCAACGGUUAGCGCUGUUAGCGCCUGUCACCAAUACAGUGAAGGUUGGCUGCCCUGAGUUCAUUUCUCGUCUCGGGCACGCUGUUCUUUCUCUGCACGUGGCAUCUGUUU